AUAAACAUCCGCAGAUGGCAGGGCGUCGGCGUGUGGACGUGGAACGCGGGAGACAAGGACGACGUGUGCGGCAUCUGCCGCGUCGCGUUCGACGCGUGUCCGCCCGAGGCGAAGUUCCCAGGCGACGACUCGCCCGUCGUGUGGGGACAGUGCGGACACGCGUUCCACCUGCAGUGCAUCACGAAGUGGCUCAACUCGCAGGCGGAGCAGCGGUGUCCGAUAUGCCGAGGCGCGUGGGAGUUUAAG